GCGAUGGCGGACCACGGGGAGAGGUACCAGGUGGCUUGGCUGCGCUACCGAGUAACCGGGCCCGCUCUGUACCAUCAAAGAUUGCUCUUGAAGCAGCUCCGGUCGUCCGGUGACAGCUGGGUGGUGCUGACGCCCGAUGGCGACAUGUACGUAGAGGAUCUAGAGGUGAACGACGACAUCGGGGAGGUGCUCUACGAGAACAUUCCUGGCGUGGAGCCCGCGCAGGUGCGGGGCCGCGGCUACAGGUUCGGCCAGAUGCCCUCGGCCGACGGCCUCAGGAGGCUGGCGCAGCAGGCGGAGACGCUGCGGGACCAGGAGGACGCCGUGCGGGGGUACCGGGCUCCGGCGGAGGGCGCCAGCAGCCUGGGCGGCUUUGAGCCGGUGGGAGGCACGGAGACCCCGCGGGGCGCCGGGGCCCCGGGGCGCUGGGCCAUCGCCGUCGACACCGGCGAGGGCAAGGUGGGCGACUCCAUCACCGUCGCGGACGCGUCGCGGGUGUCGGGAGACACACGCAUUGGCGUGGCUCAGGUGUCGAACGGGGCCUGGGUGUUCGUGGAGCGGCUCCUUGACGGGGAGACCAAGGAGGAAUACCUCGACCGGACUGCUAGGCGUCGUGGAGCUGGCGACGGCAACCUCGAUGCGCGGGCGCUGCCGGUGACCUACAACUCCUCGAGCGUGCGCCAGCGCCUCUGGAGGGAGACGGUGGCGAAGAUGGCUCAGGUCGCGUUCUCGGACUGGCCGCUGCCGGGGCCGCGCACCGUUGACUGGCGCGCGCGCUUCGUGGACCGCCGGGGGGGCGGCCCGGUCGACCACCACCGCUGGUGGGUCGGCCAUCUCCGCUUGCAGGGCACGGACUUCGGGGUGCAGGAGCACGAGCACGGCAUGCGGGCGUUCCAGUUCUUUGGGGAGUACGACCAGGUCGACCUCCCCAACCUGGUGGGCUUGGAGGUCACGCUCCGCCGGUGCCAGCUCAUCGAAUACCAUUACGAGAAGAAGGGCAAGGCAGCCACCGGCAAGGAGCAGGGUGCUGGGCUGUCGCGCGAGGAGGCGGCCUACUUCACUGGCUCGCACAGGCUCGGAGGUGUGGUGAUGAUCUGCCCCGAGUUGGUAGAGUGGGUUUCAAAGGAGAUCGAGAAGGACGCCAGCGUGGCGAAGCAGAUGCGAAAAGCGCGGGAGGAGGCACGCCUCUCGCGCAAGGAGUUCAACGUCAGCCGGAAGGUCAGGCGCCGCGUCGAGGCCCGCUCGCACGCCGACCAGUGGCGCGCGGACGUGGCACGCUCGUUGAAUGAGAUAGGAGGGCACCUGUGCAAGGAUGCGGACGUCUGCCGCCCCAGUCGCUUCCGGCCGCGUGUGCACGACCUCGGCAUGGCCAACGUGAGAGCCAGUGUCGAGCGGUGGGGGCGGCCGCCGGCCGACCUCGCCUGCCAGGGGGCCUUUGAUGAGCUCCGGGCAAACCACAGCUACGAGGGCGCGCCUGUGGCUGUGGCGCCGAUGGACAUGGGCUUGCUCAGCCUGAGCGGGGCCGGCGCCCCUGCCGACCUGGUCCGCGGUUUUGUAAAAGACUUUCCCUUGCCAAAGGAUCAGGCAGAUGUGCGUCUCGGCCUCGAGGGGGUGCCACGCCGUCCCUACUCUGACCCUCUGCUGCACCGGCCUCGAGAGUACGAGCGUCUCUUGGCAGUCAUGUCAAGCAAAGGAAUGAUCGAGUACUCUCUCGACGUGGUCGAGACUUGCGGACUUUUUACUGUUUGGAAAAAGAGCGGGAAGCAACGCCUCAUCAUUGAUGCCCGCCGGUCGAAUUGUUGGUUCAGGGACCCCCCCAAGACCCGACUGGCCUCGGGGGACUCUUUUGCUCGCCUCUUUGCUGCUGCCGAUCUCACUCUCGAGCUCGGUCAGACUGACAUACAAGAUGCCUUCUAUCAGCUUGCUAUGCCGGUCGAGCUUCGCCCGUACUUUGGACUG